AUGAAUCGCCUAAUGCUUGUGACUGUGGCUGUGGUGGCCAUGGCGUAUGUGGCAGCAGCUGGCGGAAGUUAUGGUGGAGGCGGAAGAGGAGGUGGACUUGGCGGCGGCCGAGGUGGUAGUGGAUAUGGUGGAAGUGGAGGCGGAGUUGGAGGCGGAAGCGUAAACCGUGGAGUUCUGAUCGGCGCCGGUAAGCUGUCUGGAGGUGGCGGUGGAUUCGGAGGCAGUGGCGGAUUCGGAGGCAGUGGCGGAUUCGGAGGCAGUGGUGGAUUCGGAGGCAGUGGUGGAUUCGGAGGCAGUGGUGGAUUCGGAGGCAGUGGUGGAUUCGGAGGCAGCAGUGGAGGUGGUUUCGGUGGUAGCCGUGGUGGUAGCUAUGGAAAGUAA